AAAUAGUUGUGUCGGGUCUCGGGAAAUUCACAAGGAACAUUGUUAAUAUUUUUUUAAAUUUUUUUCGAAGCCGACAUUUUAACUACGACGCCGUUGUGUUUCUUGUCGCAAGCGUAGUGUUGGAAAAUCUUUUUUUAAAUAUUAGCGCUUUGUUUUUGGGUACAGCGUCGGUUCUGGCGUACGAUCACUUUCAACUAAAUUUUUUUUCAUUUUUAGCGUUUCUUUUGACAAAUCAAAUUCACUUUGAGUAGCCAAUUGGGCAAAUUAUUAACCGAACGAAAGUAAAAAAACAGGACAGCAUGGACGACUCACGCCGCUCGAUGGCGGCCAACGAGGAAAGUAUUUCCAUGUACUUAUCCUUUGAUGCCGACGACACGCUGUCCGGUGGCAGCAAAUGGCAAUCUGCUAUGGUCAGCCACAACAGUCAGUAUAUGGAGGUGCACAGCUCCAAGAUGGAAGCCAAUUUGGACAAGACCGUGGAGGAUAGGGAGGUGAAACGUGCCGUCCUCCAGGAUCUGCAAUCCGAGCCGAACUCGCCGCUGAAACCAUUCGACCACAGCUUGUUGUACAAGCACAACGGGAGCUCCACUCCCUCAAAGAAAAUGGUAGCAGCAGAGUCGCUGCCAAUGCAAACCCCUCUUGAGGGGGAAAAUGCCGAGAACAAGGAGAACACACUGCCCGAUGAGCAUGCAGCCGGCGAUAGUACCUUGGAACUGACGGGCACCACCGUGAAGUUCAAUACAUUGAAAACCGAAGACUCUACCACGGAUGAAGUCUCAAUGCAGGAGGUUGCUAAGCCGAAUAUCCUCAAUAACGUUUAUCCUUUGAGCGAAAAUGUGGUCCUCGAGAACAUUACUGAAGUGUCCAAUGAGGAAUCGUCGAUUCUCGCUUGUUCUCCAGCUGUAAAAGAGACUCCUCCAGUCGCUGAUGUAGUCAAUGAAGUCUCUGAGCUGCUCGCCAAAGCUCUAAAGAUAUCCAGCGAUGUCAUGAUGCCGUCGACGUCGAAGUUAAACACUUUCGAAACCAACAAGAAGCGAGUAUCGCUACUCCCUAAAGCUUCUGGGGCCUUGCCACGUCCCCGCCGCUCGAAUUUGCCUACAGCCGCUGUCGAGACGCGCACCUACUCGUUCAAGCAACGCAUGUCCGUGGUAGUGAAAACUACGCUGAAUAGCCCCUCCCGCAAGAUGGGCUCAGGCGGCGGGCUACCAGUGAGCCGCCGCAGCGUUUUGCCCAUAUCCAAGAACAAAACUGGCAUAUCGCGCAAGUCCAUCUCCACCACUGGGAUCAGUUCGCCCAAAAAAGUCAUACCAGUCGCUUCAAAGCCCCCAACUAAGAUCGCAUCCGAUGCAGUCUUCAACUGCAAUACUUGCGGGGUCAUUUUCCGUGUAAAGAGCCUGCACGAUAUGCAUGUUCGCAUGCACGACAUGGUGGAGAAUGGACCCAAGCCCCUCAAGAGACUGAACGCCAAUCAUCCGAUUGGUGCAAGUGCCACUGCGAGCAAGAAUCGCUGCAAGUUUUGCGACAAGAACUUCGCCCUGGAGCGUGCCCUGCACAUUCAUCUGAUGCAGAACUGUGACAAGAUACCGCCGGCCGAAAAGCGCAAGCUUGAGUUCACAGAACUAAAUCAUGUGAAGAAGGCGCAGCUACCCAAAAUAGCUAGUGGCGCUGGCGGUGGAGGUGGCGCUGGUCCAUCAGUUUUGAGUGCACACAAGUCACAGCCUCUACAAAUUACAACACCAAUUGGGAGGGCUAGCUCUUAUGGAGCCCAGAACAUGGGACCGCCGUCCGUAAAGAAGGUGCCAAAGAACGUUGCCCACGCUGGUGUUUAUCGCACACCCACAAAGACUGUGCCAUGCAACAUCUGCAAGCAGUCGUUCAAGAGUAUAUUGGAGUACACCAACCACUGCAUGACGAUGCACUCGAAGAGUCAGACCCUAAAGGUCGCCGCUAAGCAUGAAGCACCGAGUGCUGAGGUUUAAAUCAAACAUUUUGUCUUUACUCUACCCUAGCUAGACCUAAGUUCCAGUGUACUUUAAUCUCCAACAACCGACAACCAAAAUACACUCUAACAUAAUCA